UGGCCUGGCCAUUCCAGCGGCUGUGCGCCUCGAGACGGCUUCGACAUGAGUUGCACAACCAUUUGAUUCUCCAUCCUGCGUCCAGCCGAGCCAGUUCACAGUGGCAACACGACCAAGCCGCUCGUGCCACUGCUACAAGGGUAGCUAAACGUCGCUGGAUCCUCCGACGUUUCAAGUUUCGCGGGUAUCGUUCUAACGGAAUCGGUUUGUUGCGAUUGCUAGCUGAGAUAGUGAUCCUGAGGAAUAAAUCUGAAACGGAUCCUUUGGAGCUACACGUGAGGAGGAUACUCGUUGCUUGAGUUUUGUCGCGGAGGACAUCUGAAACUGGUUUGAUCUAGUGGAUCUACUGGAGGAAGAUAAAGAAUUUGGAGGCACUCAAAGUAGCCAGGAUACUCGGAAGAGUUUUUUGGUUCUUUGUCUUGGAGGAGAAGUGAUUUAUAGUUAGUGGAAAGAGUUUAGGAGAAUCCUUUCGAAGUGACAGGGGAUUUUGCUAAUUGCUUCGAGUGGUUUCUAUUAGGAGGACCUAUUAAUAUUCGUCUCAAUUAGCUCUGUUAAAGUGUCCUUCAAGUGGUUCUGAUUGGAAGAGGAUUUGGAUCUUUAGAUUCGACCGAAUAAAUCGCUUGUUUUAUUUUUCAAGUUGAUCUCGUUUAAUCAGUGAACAAUAACAGUUCGAUCAUCUAGAAGAGGAUUGGGAACUGUGGAGAAAAAUCUGCACUUGGUUCGCAAGGGAAUUCAAAGUGAUUAUACUUUGAAUUUUCUAGAAGCAAGACGUAAAAUCUAUGUGGACAAUCUAGUUAUCUUGGAUAUUCAAAGUGUGGUGCUCCAGACGUGAGGAAGUGAUCCAAGUGGAAUCUUCCAGGUCCAAGUGGCCCACUGUAUUGUGGAUGAUGGUUGUCGAGUCGUUUACAGUGAACAAUCGAGUCGUGCGAUGUAAUUGAUUCGACGCGCAAGAGCUCGAGGAUUUAACUGUCGAUCGUCUAGGAAGCUGAGAACCGGAGUUCAUUGUCGUUGGAUCGUGUUGCAGAAAUGGAGACCACAAGCACUCCGCCGCCGGUAUCAACGGCUUCCAUAGAACUUAAAACAAGAAGAGCGCAAUUUCAGACGCAAGCAUCAACUUUGGAUACUAGAAGAAAACAAGCGGUGUGCGUCAGGAGAGCUUACAAAAAAUACGGUCCGAAAAGUAACCCCAAUGUUAUUCUAGAUGGGCUGAACAUGACUGUGCCGAAGGGCACAAUAUACGGCCUACUCGGCGCAAGUGGCUGCGGAAAAACCACGUUGCUCUCGUGCAUAGUCGGUCGAAGACGUUUGAACGCUGGCGAGAUCUGGGUAUUAGGUGGCAGACCAGGAUCUAAAGGAUCAGGUGUUCCUGGUCCACGUGUUGGCUACAUGCCACAGGAGAUUGCGCUGUACGGAGAGUUCACCAUUCGGGAGACUUGCAUUUACUUCGGUUGGUGCGCUGGCAUGACGACCCACCAAGUCGACGAAAAGCUGGAAUUUCUAAUUAAAUUCUUGCAGCUGCCGACAGAAAAUCGGAUGGUGAAGAACCUGUCCGGUGGUCAGCAGAGGAGGGUGUCCUUCGCGGCUGCCCUUGUCGCUGAUCCAGAAUUAUUAAUUCUGGACGAGCCGACCGUAGGCGUGGAUCCUGUUCUCCGUCAGAACAUCUGGGACCACUUGGUGCAUAUCACGAAGGACGGCAACAAGACAAUUAUAAUCACCACACACUACAUCGAAGAAACGAGGCAAGCCGGUAUAAUCGGAUUGAUGAGGGGCGGCAAGUUCUUGGCGGAGGAGUCGCCGACGAAAUUGCUGGAGAUGCACAAUGUAGAGACUCUCGAGGAGGUGUUCCUCAAACUCAGCAAGAGACAGAACAUGGGUCUUCGAAGAAGAAGCAGCAUCCUGAGCAGCGUCACCGGCGUACCUCCGGAAGUUGACGUCGAUGACGAGAUGAGUGGCGAGUUCGGCGACAACGUCAGUGUCUCCAGUCGAAGGAAAAGCAUUGCUCCCCCUAACGACGCUAAUGUGCCAGAAUUGCCACCGGAAGAGAAAAGCUCGAAGAAAUCAAUGGUGCUCGAUCCCAAGCAUAUGAAGGCUCUUAUAUGGAAGAACUUCCUGUGGAUGUGGCGUAACGUAGGAAUAAUGAUGUUCAUCAUAGGUCUACCAGUCGUCCAAAUUACCUUGUUCUGCCUUUCGAUCGGCAAAGACCCACGGUAUUUGAAUGUAGCGAUAGUUAAUAAGGAAUUGAAUAGCAGUAUGGAUCCCUGUACACCAACAGUUGGCUGUGACUGGUCAAGAUUAAGUUGCCGGUACCUCGAGUACCUUGAAAAUCGAACGAUAGUGUUUCAACAUUAUGAUACGAACGAAGAAGGGGAGGAGGCAGUGAGACGAGGCAAGGCCUGGGCCUUCAUAUAUUUCCCUGCGAAUUACAGUGAGUCGCUUGAAGCAAGAUGGGAACUGGGUAAAGAUGCCGAUUUCUGGAGCAUCGAGUCGUCCAAUAUGUUCAUCACCAUGGACAUGUCCAAUCAGCAGAUCAGCCAACUUCUUCAAAGAGAUAUGUACUACGCCUUUCAGAAUUUCUCGCGGGAUGUGACAGUGGCUUGUAAUUACAGCCGGAAAUUAACAAGUAUUCCUGUGAACUUCGAAACGCCUAUUUAUGGUCCUCAGGAGCCUAACUUUACGGACUUUGCAGCACCUGGAAUUAUCUUAACAAUCAUCUUCUUCCUGUCCGUCGCUCUAACUUCGGGCGCCAUGUUGCUGGAAAGGAACGAAGGUCUCCUAGAGAGAUCUUUAGUUUCUGGUCUGACAGGAUCAGAAAUACUUUUCAGCCAAGUGAUAACGCAGUUCGUGGUGAUGGUAGGGCAAACAGUUAUGGUUAUCAUAGUUGCCUUUGCAUUCUUCAAUAUUACCUGCGAAGGUAACAUAGGGUGGGUCAGUGUUCUGACUAUCAUGACUGGAUUGUGUGGAAUGUGUUUCGGAUUCGUCAUUGCUUAUGUCUGCAAAAACGAAACAAGUGCAACGUAUAUGGCGAUGGGUUCUUUCCUUCCUAUCGUGAUGCUGUGUGGUAUAAUUUGGCCCAUCCAAGGAAUGCAUGUUGUAUUGAGGUACAUCAGCUUCAUCCUGCCUCUUACAUUGAGCACAGAAUCCAUGAGGUCCAUGCUAGCUAGAGGCUGGCCCAUAUCCAAUUCAACCGUAUACAUUGGCUUCAUUUCCACUUUAAUUUGGAUAUGUAUCUUCAUGACACUCUCGAUACUGUUAAUUAAAUUCAAGAAAGGAUAGCAUCGUGUACAUAAAGUAUAAACUUUAGGAAUUAAUGCAAUUCACUGAAAGCUAGCAGGUCAGUUCCAAAUAUCUGUAACUUGGAAGUCCCAAAGGAACAAUUUAAAUACGUUCCUCAAGGUGGUAAAGUAAAUGGUAAGUGAAUAGUUUGAAUGAGUUGCUUUCUGAACAGUAAACUUAAUCUAUUUGACAGUGUGAAUCAUCAUAAGAUUAUUUUGGGGGAAGCGUGAAUGAAAUAUGUGUUUAGAACGUAACAUGUUCUUUGCUCAAUAUGGUCGUGUACUAUUUAUCAUAUGUAUUCUCAUACUAUUAAGAAACGGUACUAUUUAUGCAGUGCGACGAUAAGUGUUAAAAUACGGAAAACGAAUUUUGUAAUUCAUGAUCUUUGCGUUCCGAUCUCUCGAUGUAAGGACACCAAUGAUCAAAUUUAAAGCAUUUUUACAUACUGUUAUAGUCAGUAAACAUAGUCAAUAGUCUUUUUUACAAAUUGAUUACACAUUUAACAAAUGUAUAUAAAGUCUUGUUAGUCAGACACCUAAAUGAAGAACAAUAAAUAUGAUCAAGGAAAACCAUA